UUUGCUACCACCGACAACGCCCUUCGAAAGAUAUCCAGUGAAAUUGAUUAUCUGCUGGAUGACUUUCUUGGAUAUAUUUACGACUAUUCAUCCUAAGCUUUUUCCAGCCGUUUUCCUUCUCUGGUAAUGCGCUCGGGAUGUUCCAGCUCGCAGAUGUCCCACUUCCGUUCAGCAUGGAUGAUGACCUGGGUCUUGCUACUGCUGUCGCAGUGGUGGCCCUUGGCCCAUGGGAUGCGGCCAGGGCAGGUUAGGGAGCUCAGGAAAGAGACCGAGCAUAUGUUCUACCAUGGAUUCGAAAACUACAUGAAACUUGCCUUCCCUGAAGAUGAAUUGCGUCCGCUCUCCUGCAAGCCACUUACUCGCGACCGCGAUGAUAUUGCAAACGCCGAGCUCAACGACGUCCUGGGGAAUUACUCCCUCACGCUUAUCGACAGUUUAUCUAGUCUUGCGAUCUUAUCAUCAGGCGAUGAUGGCGGGGACAGGGCAUGGUCGCACUUUCAGAACGGGGUGAAGGAGUUUGUCAAGUUAUACGGGGAUGGAUCGAAAGGCCCUGCUGGUCAGGGUGAACGGGCGAGGGGAUUCGACAUCGACAGCAAGGUCCAGGUUUUCGAGACGGUCAUCAGGGGACUUGGUGGACUACUCAGUACCCAUCUUUUUGCUGUGGGUGACCUUCCCAUCAAAGGAUACGCGCCUCCAGAGACAGAGGCUGUCUUUGCAAGAGCAUGGAACAAGUCGCUCUUUUCGAAAGACAGAGUCGGUAUCAAGUGGGAUGAUGGGUUCAUAUAUGAUGGACAAUUCCUCCGACUUGCCGUUGAUUUGGCCAACCGCAUCCUACCUGCCUUCUAUACGGACACUGGUCUUCCCUACCCUCGGGUCAAUCUACGACAUGGCGUCCAGCGACAUCCAUUCUACCCAAAUUCACCUCUGAAUGCGGCGACGGAUACGUGUAACAGUACCGAUGGCGAACGAUGCCAGAAAAACCCCCGAUUAUCUACAGAGACUACCGAAAGCUGCAGCGCAGGCGCGGGUAGCCUUGUCUUGGAGUUUACUGUGUUGAGUAGACUUACUGGCGAUGGUCGGUACGAAGAAUUAGCAAAGAGAGCAUUUUGGGCAGUUUGGGCGAGGAGAAGUGAAAUUGGACUCAUCGGCUCUGGCAUUGAUGUAGAGUCAGGGAGAUGGGUUCAUCCGUAUACUGGGAUUGGAGCAGGAAUCGAUAGCUUUUUUGAAUAUGCAUUCAAAUCAUACGUUUUGCUUUCUUCGGGGGAACGUCCACCCCAUGAUUCCAAGAGUCCAUGGCAGGCUCUGGACGAUUAUUUCCUGCCAUUGAGCGAGUUUGAACAUUCCGCAGGCGCAUUUUUGGAGGCUUGGGAAUACUCGCAUGCUUCAAUCAAACGCCAUUUAUAUCGAGGGGAAGGAUACCAACACCCACACGUGAUCCAAGGAGAUGUCUUCACUGGUGCCACGCGAGCCUUCUGGAUUGAUAGCUUGAGCGCCUUUUACCCUGGCCUCUUGACUCUCACGGGAGAUCUGGACGAGGCUAUAGAGAUUCAUAUGCUCUAUACGGCGGUCUGGACAAGAUUCGCUGGGCUUCCAGAAAGAUGGAAUGUGGCUACAGGUAACAUCGAGGGCGGUCUUUCGUGGUAUCCAGGCCGUCCCGAAUUUGUCGAGUCUGCGUACUACCUCUAUCGGGUCACAAGAGAUCCCUGGUAUUUGCAUGUUGGUGAAAUGGUACUUCGAGACAUCAAGCGAAGGUGUUGGACAAGGUGCGGCUGGGCUGGGCUUGAGGAUGUUCGAAAUGGGGAGCUGAAGGACCGGAUGGAGAGUUUCUUCCUUGGAGAAACCUUCAAAUACAUGUUUUUGAUGUAUGACCCAACGCAUCCGCUCAAUACCCUGGAUCGACCCUUUGUCUUUUCCACGGAGGGUCACCCGCUCAUCAUACCCAAAUAUACGACUACGCACUCGCAUCAGCGCAGGGAGCAGCGGCCAGUCAACAACAAGAGCAGUGAAUUGAGCUGCCCAUUGGCACCCACGUCACCAGCACUUGGGGUAUCAUACACUGCGGCACGUUCUGAUGUUUUCCAUGCGGCGAGUCUGGCUCGGUUGCACCUCAUGCCCGAUAGGGGAGUGGUCGAAGGCGCAAUCUUGGAAUACGCCAAAGAUCAUCCCAGUACAUCAAUUUCAGAUCUGGCAUCCCCCACUAACUACACGUUCUAUCCUUGGACCCUACCACCUGAAUUGGUACCGUUCAAUGCAACGAGCUCGCUAAUGACAAACCGUCCGACUCUGGACAUCUCUUUCCCUUCCCUUCCCGGAAUGGUAAUGGGGCCUGGGUCUUUGGAACGGGUCCGGGAUGGAAUUCUCAUCAAAACCAUUGGGGGACUUCGGUUGAGCAUGGUGCAGGAUGUCCCACUGCACAACACGGCAGAGGAUGAGGAUGAUGAUGGGUUUCGCGUGCAGGUGAUCAACAAUGUGCCUCUUGGAAAAGAUGAGAAGGUAUAUCUCUCGCGUGAAAUCACGCUUGAUAUCCUGGAUCCCACCGACCCGAAUUUCGCUCGGGUGCGCGACUCGGCCAUGAUUGACAUCGUCAUUGACGUUCUACCAGCAGAGCUCCUUCGCCGCCGAAAUGAUUCGGAUAAUCGUAGCGAACCGGCUGCUGAGCAUGGCAGAAAGCAAGUCAUCCACAAACCUGCCCCCGUCGACGACAAGCCUGGAAGUGUAGACACUGCUCCUUCUAACAUGAGGGCCGUCCUAUCCUCGUUGGUGAAUUCAUUGUCUUCUCUGCUUCGAGACGAGGCUCAGAUGGAAUCAUCGCAAAACCAAACGCCGCUACGCUUGACCUUACCAGCUGCCAUGUCCUCGGGUCUAGGCUCCGCCCCAAUCCCGAGUGUUGAGGAUGCAACUACGGUAUCUUUUUCAGGAGAUUUAUCCAAAAGCCGACUCUCGUGGUCAACGAUCUACUUUGCUGAUGAAAUCUGCGAUUAUAACAUCCUGCGCGAGGUGGCGCAAAACCACCAGAUACUCGUCAUCAAACGCGGUGGGUGCAGUUUCUCCCAGAAACUGAAAAACAUCGCAGCGUAUCCACCAUCGCGGUCUGCCCUCAAGCUCGUCAUUGUGGUCUCCUAUGAUGAUAUCGCCGAUGAAGAUCCGGAAUCAACCGCUGCCUCCCAGUCUCGUCCGCUUGCCGCUGUUCGCGCAGAACCCUCUCUUGUCCGGCCUUAUUUGGACGAAUCUCAAGUGACUGUUGGGGGCAGUCCACGGCGACACCCGAUCCCCAUGGUCAUGAUGGGUGGUGGGGAGCAAACGUACGAACUUUUACGGCAGGCGAAGGCGAUAGGCAUUAAACGACGGUAUACUGUACGGUCUCAGGGUAUUCCCAUCAGUAAUUUGUACAUUGUAUGAGAUGGUCAUUAUUUAGAUAGUCAAUUAAAUAGAGUGAGUCAAUAAUAGAAAAUUAUGGAUUAUGAAAUUAGAGG